UACAGUCUUCCGUCCUCAUGGUGCGUUUCUCGUAGUACUAAGUUCGUUACUCUCAAUACAACUUAAAAUGAUCCAUAAAUAUAUUUUUCUCUAUUGCCUCUACUUUACUCUAACACAACGUACAUUACUCGCAAAGAUUGUGCCAAAUGAUCGGGAUUUGAAAUUGGAACUUGUGCAAUUGCUAUUCAGACAUGGAGCCCGAACUCCUCUUAGCGAAGAAUUAGAAGUUUUCAACUAUUUAAACAGUUCCGUUUACGACGAUGUGGGUUUAGGAAUAUUGACACCCAAAGGAAAGCAACAGGAAUAUGAGUUCGGCACGUUUCUGAGGAAGCGGUACGACGGUUACCUGAGAGCUAAUUAUUUGUCAGAGGAGGUUUACGCUUACACGACUCACAAUGACCGUACGAAAAUGUCGCUCGAAUUAAUACUCGCGGGACUUUAUCCGCCAACCGAUGCUGGCGUGUGGAACCCGCAACUGAAAUGGUCCCCAAUACCUUACCGUUACGUACCUGAAGCUAUGGACGUUCUUCUGAAGUACUACGAAGGUCCUCGCUUUUUGCAUCUUAUCAAGAAAACGCAACGCUCUGAUGAAUUCAAAACCCAGAUUUCCAAGCACGCGGAGUUUCUUAAUUUUUUAACUAAUAAAACUGGAAUUCAAUUCGACAAAAAAAUCAAGAAUAUCCAAGAUAUGUAUGGAGUAUUAGUUUCAAACGAAAAUUUGAAUUUGACAUUGCCGGAAUGGUACACGCCUGAAAUGAAACAGAAGUUUAUAAAAACAUUGGAAGUUGUAUUCGACAGUUACAGCUUUACUCAAGAGAUGAAAAAAUUGCAUUCCGGACCUCUAAUCAAAACAAUGAUUGAAAAUAUGAAUUUAAAUAAAACUUUUUCGAAUCCAAGAAAGAUAUAUUUAUACAGUGGUCACGACGGAAAUGUUGCCGCAUUCAUCAGAGCUCACAACAUUCAAGAGUUCAGAUACACGCGUUUUGGCGAUGGCUUGGUUUUUGAGAAAUUCCGAGAUUCCCGAGACAAAGUUUACGUAAGACUGCUAGCGUGGACGUCGGAAAAGAAAAAACUUACACCAUUAAAGUUGGGUUCUCAUAAAGAGUUUUGCCCUAUUAAGGAUUACCUGAAGCUAGUAGAAUCACUGGUGCCAACAGAUCAAGAGAUCGACCAAUUGCUGGCUGAAGUUGACAUGAAACAGCUUAAAGAUCUGUUUUUUAAAGAUGAUGCUGUUAAACUUGUCAAUUGAUAAUAUUAUAGAUAGUAUUAUGAUUUUCUUUCUAUUUAAAAUUGGAUUAUUUAACCCAUAUGGUCACCGAAAUCACAUGAUACAAUCAAAUAAUAUCCAUCUAUAAUAUUAAAUACUUGAUGAACAUUUUCAAUAGAUAAACAAAAAUACAUGUUUUUUUUAACGAAUAAAUAUAUUUUCAAAUUUCAUACAUUUCCAAAAUUCAUCACAUUUUGAUUUUUUUAUCGGAUACACCUUCUAACCCUAGGCUUUUCUUUUUACGAAUUAUUCUAAUGAAUACUUUGACGUUACAAUAUUUUCAAUUAAUUAAUUAACUUUAAUAAAAUUUGCUUUAAGGACAGUCACAAAUAUAACAUUUUUUUAUUGUGUAUUAUACAGUGAAUUUGUUUUGUAAUCGUGUUAAUGUCCUCUUCAGAUAGCAUUAAAUUCAUUCUUAAUCUCACUAUUCAAAUAUGAAUUAUCUUAUCAGUUUUCAAGUAAUUGAUUCUUCCUACACUUUCUGAGUAGUUGUUCGCACGCAAUCACUUAUUUGUCAAUAACUUUUCCUAGUAUUUUUGUUGAUAUUUAAUAUAUUGCUGUAAUUAUUUAUGUUGUAACAAUGAAAUAAAUUCCAU